CCCCUUCAUCUGUUCUCACUGCAGCCUGUUCCCAACCUCCGACGGCAGAGCAAACCUGUGUGUGUGUUGUGCCCAGAGCCAGGCUGAGCCAGACACUAGUGAGCUGAGCCCCCUCUUUAGCAGCCCCCCAUACCUGCUCGCACUGCUGCACAAUGGCAACCCUGGAGAACAGAAACUGAUCAUCAUUUGAAUGAAAUCGCACUUGACAGGCUGUUUGCUGCUAGCGAGAGAGUCAGAGAGCGGGGAGACUGGGCUCAGCACACAAGUCUUUGCAGAGCUCUGAGCGCUGCUGUUCUUGGAUCUCCCCUCAUUGGAUCGCACGUCUCAUUAGGCUGCUCAUUAGUUGUGCAUAGCGGCUCCAGCACCCAAAGGUGGCCAUGGAAGAAAACAUGGAAGAAGGACAGACCCAAAAAGGUUGCUUUGAAUGCUGCAUAAAAUGCCUUGGGGGAAUUCCCUAUGCAUCAUUGAUUGCUACUAUUCUGCUGUACGCUGGGGUUGCACUGUUCUGCGGCUGUGGUCAUGAGGCCCUCACUGGCACUGUCAACAUCCUUCAGACCUAUUUUGAAAUGGCAAGAACUGCUGGGGACACACUUGACGUCUUUACCAUGAUUGAUAUUUUCAAGUAUGUAAUCUACGGAAUAGCAGCUGCCUUCUUUGUUUAUGGAAUUCUGCUUAUGGUGGAAGGUUUCUUUACAACAGGUGCUAUCAAAGAUCUCUAUGGAGACUUCAAAAUCACCACAUGUGGCAGAUGUGUCAGCGCAUGGUUUAUCAUGCUGACAUACCUGUUCAUGCUUGCCUGGCUUGGGGUCACAGCAUUCACUUCUCUUCCCGUCUACAUGUACUUUAAUCUCUGGACCAUUUGUCGGAAUGCGACGUUAGUUGAUGAAGCUAGUUUCUGCUUGGACCUUCGUCAGUUUGGUAUCGUAACAGUUGGGGAAGAGAAGAAGCUAUGCUCAUCAUCUGAUAACUUUAUACGGAUGUGUGAAUCUACAGAACUGAACAUGACAUUCCACUUGUUUAUCGUUGCACUUGCUGGUGCUGGAGCCGCUGUGAUUGCCAUGGUCCACUACCUAAUGGUCUUGUCAGCUAACUGGGCUUAUGUCAAAGAUGCAUGCAGAAUGCAGAAGUAUGAAGACAUCAAGUCUAAGGAAGAACAGGAGCUGCAUGAUAUUCAUUCUACUCGUUCUAAAGAGAGGCUCAAUGCAUAUACAUAAAAUAAUAAUCCUGCUUAUUUGUAACAUUUCAAUUCUUUGUUGUUUAACUAACAGCCUCCCUUCCAUUGUAUAAUGAAAAUGAAGUGCUUUUCCUAAAAGAUAGGUAGCGAUGUAUAGCACCUAUCUUCAUAACCUUGAUAAACCAGCACUUGGCUUCUUCACAGUGGUCUGUGUGACAUUAUUAUGUAAUAUGGAGCACCCCUUAUAGUCCUUCCCAAAUUGUCAUAAGGUGACUGGUUUCUUAGAUAAUGAAAAAGUAAUUGUGAAAUAAAAAUGUCCUUUUCCUUUUUUUAACCACUUUAUAUGUGUUUUACAUUUACAAAAAAAAAACAUUUUGCAUUGUUUCCUAUGUUUUUGAAAGAGAAAGCUUUUUAUACUUUUUAGUUCUGAGUUUCAAAAAAACAAAAAACAAAAUAAUAAUAAUUUAACUACAGGUAAUCUACAAAGGGACAGUUGUACAGAAAGCAUGUACAAUAAACUGCUAUUAGUUUGGAAUCAUGCAUGGAUAGUUUGGCCAUCUAUAAUGUGUUGGCCCUAUGAUUAGUCAUAGGUGUGCUUUCUGUUCGGCAGGUUAAGAGGUGCUUCUUAUGGGUGUUACUGUAUUAGUAUUUAUGUACGCUAACAAAAAUUUCAGUUUCUCAAUUCUGUCAAUGACAGAAUCAACUGUUUCAGAGUGUGAGCAUGCAUACUGUAAUGCUAGUGCAUGGGCACUUCCCAUUCCAGAUAUGAAAAUGUUUCAGUUAAUCACAUUAAUCCUGAAAGCUUAUAUUGAUGUUUUCCCAACCAAAUGUGGCUCAAGUAACUAUUUAGGCAUUUAAUUAUGAUUUGCUUUUAGCAUUUUUAUCUGUAUAUAUAUUGUAAAAAUAUAUGUCAUGCUAUUAAGAAUCAAAGGACAUUACAUGAACAUCCUAAAGUCUUUUACAGCUUGCUUCAUUUGUCAGUGAACCUCACCGCAUAGAACAUUCCAAGACAGUGUUCUGUGUUUGCCGCAAAUAGCAUUCCAACAAAUAGCAUUUUUUAUUUAUGUAAAUGCUUUUUACCUAAAAACAGGCACCACAUAUCUUUUACACUUUCAAAAUAACUGUGUUACUGGACCAAACUUUAGUGUUUUCAGCUAUUUUGCCUUUCUGAACUGCUAUAGGAAUGCUGUAAAGUGUAUUUUAAUCUUGAAAUUCCUGGCAAGACAUUUUUGUCAUGGUUAAACAUUCUUGGUCAUUUUGUGCACUUUAUUAAUCAUCGUGAUAUCUCGCAGUGUAAGUUCAUUGAUAAUUAAAAGAAAACACUCUUGGGGUUAAUUCAUCAACAUGUGAUAAUCUAAAUGAGUAAGGUAAGUAAGAUCAAACUGGAGAAUCUGGGAAGAUUUUAAUCAGUUUAAUAUUUUUUAUGUAAAAUUUCGAGAUAUUUCAGGAAAUAUUUCAAUGAAUUUACACAUUUAUCAAGGAUGACAGAUGUGGCAGUUCAUCCAAAUGUGCUAUAGCUGUCAAACACAUUUAUUUUCUAUCAGAUAUUGGUGCUUAUUUCGCUCAACAGCAGCUCUGAACAACCCAAUGGCCAAUCCUUAAUGCAAAUGGCAUGCAGAGAUUAAUUGUUGAAUAACAAAAUGUUGGUAUUUUCUUUAUGAGUGGUACACCUUUGUAGCUAUGGUAAGAAAAAAUAAUAUAUAAUAGUUAAUGAGUCUUUAGGUUUUAUAAACGACUUUGGUUUGAUAACUGAAAUGUGUUACAGUGUCCUACUGCUGGCUUGAAAAACAAAUAAUAUAUUAAUUGAUCGAUAUUUUAUAUCUCAGCAUUGCCAUUUUUCAAAAGGGACUUGUCACCAAUUAUUGUUAUUAAACUAAGUACAAUUUUAAUCUAAUUACCCAUGUUUUUCCUGUUCAUCAGAACACCAAUGACUCUUAUACAGAGGUGACUCUGUGUCUUUUACUGGGACAUGAUUUUCUACAUUACAACUGGUAGGGAACAGUUCUAAGACAAAAUUAAGAAGUAAAAUUGUUCUUCUUGCACACUUUGAAAUUGUCAUUUUUACACCUAAUUAAUUUUGACCACAAGGGUUCCCUACAUUUUUUAUCAAUAUUUGGUUUAUAUUCACAGUUUAUAGGGUUAAUAUAAAGCAAAUAUUGUGUAAGUAUUAUUAAAGGAGAAGGAAAGCUACUGAGGCAGGUUAUUGCCAAUAGAUUUGCCACAAUAGUGCAAGCUAGAAUGCUAUAUUUGUUCUGUAGAAUGCCUUCCCAUACCUGACUAAACAGCCCUAAAAUCUCUCUGUUUGUUUAAGAUAGCAGCUGCCAUAUUAGCUUAGUCUGACAUCAUUUCCCUGUAUGCGACUCCUGUUUCCUUGUCUUUCGCUGCUCUCUCGUAGCUCUGAGUUUAGAUUACAGUAUAACGGGAAGGGGAGAGGAGGGAGGGGGAAGAGAGGAGCAAGUCUCUUACCUAAGGCCAGAUGGUUUGAGUUGAGAGAGGAAAUCUGAUGCAGAAGCCCAUGUGUAAACAAUAGAAGCAAAGGAAUGCUGUGUUUCUUUUCACAGAGCAGCUACCUGGGUGUAUUCACAUAGACCUUUCUGAUGAAGCUUACUUAGUUCUAACCUUUCCUUCUCCUUUACGUAAGGCAAGUACAACUUCCCCUUCACUAUAAACAAGUACACAUAUCUGUAGUUUCCCUUAACAGCUCCAGCUGCAACAAUAAUGGGAGGUAAGGAAACAAAACCAAAAAACUCUAGUCAAUUUGUGCUACAAAAAAGUAACAUACAGUGGGCAUCUUACAUAUUUGACAUGUUAAUUCCCAUUUGGUUUCCAGAUGCCUUGUUAUCCAGCAAGAGUCUCCAGCUAGUUUAAUUGGAGGAUCUUGUCCAGUAGGACAAUUGUUCAUAGAGUAGCCCAUGGUACACUCCCUAAAAACUGUAUAAUACAUGGCAAGGCUUUUGGAUUGGCUACUUGACAUUGGUUUCUACAAAAAUCUAAAAAAGGAGUUAGGCAGUCAUAUAAUUUAGUGCUCAUUCCUAGCUAAUGGCAGAGACAGCAUUCAUAUUUGAGAAUCAAUAUAUUGUAAUGUUCAAAUGCUGACACACAAAUUAGGAGAAAAACACACACGGGAUUUAGUGCACUUCAGGCUCCAAGCUUAUUAAGGCAAAAACACACAUGGGAAUCUGUGUAUUAUAUGAAUUUCCCCAAGAGAAUAUUUUUGUGAUGUUACACACACUUCAUGGGAAUUUUUAAUGAAAUGAAUCCUAUACUUCACGCAUUAUAUUGCUAUAGUUAUUUGUUGCAUGCUUAAACAUUUAGUAUUGUUAGAUUUUAUUUUUAAACAUCUGCCAGCUACAAUGUGCAGUAUCAAAUUUUUUUUUCCUGAAUUAUUCUUCUAAACCUCUUUCAAAUUCGAUAUAGUAGUGUUUCAGUUUUGUGUCUCAAACAGUUUGUGAUUUUUAAACAAAUGUCCUAUGGAUCAGUGUAAUGAUGUUGACGCUUUUUUGGCUUCCUCUGGUAUUAGAGUUUGUAUUUUCACAAAGAAUGCUUUGUAGCAGGCGUUAUAAUUAAUCUGUUUUGUACAUAAAUGUGCCAACAGCUUGAUGGUGGCGUUUUUGAAAUGUAGAAAAUGUGCUUGCAAAAUGUAAUAAACACACUUGUGUACUUUGUGUA